AUGCAAGCACCAAAUGCACCAAAAACUCCUAAACCUAAUACACAUAAAUUUUCUCAUUUUUUCAAAUCUGUUAUUGUUGAAUUAGAUAGAGAUCCAGAAGCAUAUCCUAAAGGAAAUUUAAUAGAACAUAAUAAUCUUCAAGAUAAUGAAGAUAAAAGGAUUAUAAACAACGACGCGCGAUUAACUGACGUAACAUUUCCCCAAAUUCCCGAAUUAAUUAAUCGACAUCUCUUACCUUUUGAUCCCAUGGCCAUCGAUUAUACGAUUAGAGUUGAUAAAGAAUAUCAUCAAUCACGAUAUGCUUAUGAUAUCGAAGUGGAAAUUGAUGAUCCCAACAAAGCCAAAUUGACUUCAAUUGUAACGAAUGUUGUUAAUCAGAAGGAAAUUCAAAUUUUAGAUGAUAAAAUUGUACAAUGUGUUCAAAGUAUCAAUAAUUCAAAAACAAAACGUGACUUUUUGUUAAAUUUUGCAAAUUCUCCAGUAGAAUUUAUUAAUAAAUGGGUGGCCAGUCAAAGUCGUGAUUUGGAGGAACAACGACGAUCGGAAUUUUAUCGUCAGAAUUGGGUUAAUGAAGCUAUAUUUCAUUAUACUGCGGCACAGAAUUCAGGACUUGAUGACUAA